CCGAGCUGUUGAACGCGAACCACGCACCUACUCCUCUUCUCACGCCGCACAGCAGUCCCUCAUCGUGAUCCACGCGCUCCUGAUCUUCGUCCUGAUCUUCGUCUUCGUCAUCAUUGACAUUUCCGGAACGUUUCCUUCUGACCUCCGUUGGUCUACCUCCUCCUCCUGCUCGUACGUUUCUUCGUGUCCCGUUGUCACUCGAGUUGCCUCUUUAGUUUGACAAGCAGACACACAUACACACACUCUCUCUUUUUCUCUCUUUCUGUGAUCACCUCCUCCGUGGAAUCGCAACCCCUUGGUCGCGACCUUUUCAAGUUCGACGUCAGAACCCUCGCGUCGACCUGUCGACUCAGCCCGGUAAAGCCUCGGGUGCCUCCGGUUGUGCGUUUUCCACGAGAGAGCCGGCAGACUCUCCUGAACUUCCGGUUGGACGCUCCCGACGCGUCGAAUGUCGCCCGCGUCGUCGAGUCGCUCGUCCUCGUUCGAGGACGCGCUCAGUCCUCCGAUCAGACUGUUCUUCCGCGCGCGUUGCCCCGCGACGACUCCCCCGCGCGAGCGAGAUGACGGCGACCGGAGCUGUGUGAGACGACUUACGGUCGACGUGGGGGGCUACUGCUACCGCUCGAGGCCGGGCCCUCGAUAGUCGCGAGGUCGUCGUCGAGGUGCUGGAUUAAUGAAGGAGGAAGGAUCGCGCGGCAUCAAGAUCGCUGAAACACCCGAGAUGGAAUCACCUUUGGCCCAGGACACUCUCGUUGAGGCCCAAGAGGAUUCCACCUCAGUGGAACCCGAGGACAGCGCGUUGUCGACCGACGCGACAACGACUGCCGCUGCUACGACGACGACGACGACGACGGCGCCGACAACGACGAUCAGAACGUCGUCGUCAGUGGACGCCACCGCCGCUCGCCGGCCUAGCGCUGAACGUGAGGACUUGGUGAUGGUGUGCGAGAGAUUGGACGAGCGAGUGGAUGAAGAAGAGAUCGUGGAGAAACAGUCGAGUGAUUACCCUAGCUCGUCGCGAGAGAGCCAAGUUCAAGUGGAGGCCUACAUGGGUCUCAGGAUGGGAAAGACCGCCGUCAAGGACGAGGAGAGGGCGAAAGGUGACGCGGAAUCAUUGCGAGAUCCUUCUCCUGGGGAUGAGGUGUCCUCGAGCACGAGCGAACUCCGCGUAGAGGACCAACCGGUCAGCAUCGAGGAGUUCACGUCGCCAAGCGUUUCCAGGAAGAGGCCUGCCAGCAGCGACUUCUUGCCGAUCGGUGCGGAGAUCAAGAAGAUCGGCGUAGAGAUCUCGGAGGAGGAGGCGAUCCAGCUGAGGAACGACGUGAGGAGGUUGUCACCGGUCCUGGUGAGCCUGCGGGAGAGAACUCUCGGCGAGGUGUCGCUCACCUCGGAGUCCUGUCUCUUCGGUGAUGAGACAACGUCGAGGAGUAACACCGUUCUCGUGGAGAAAGCGUCAACAGAGGACGGCUCCAGAACGACCCGGGACGCUGACGAUAAUGAAGAGACUGUCAGCCCUUCGAUAGUGGAAUGCACCACCGCUUCAAUAGCGGAUAGCAGCGACACCCAGGAUACUGAGGGCUGCGUCGAGAAGAUGAAUUGUCAGGAGCAGACGCUCGUUGUCGAGUCGACUUCCGUUUCGUCAAGGUGCGACAGUUCCGAGAUGACCGCACCGUCGUUGGCGCAGGAUAUGGAUAUCGAAGACGCCGACACUGCGGACGCCACGAGCGCGUCCACCCCCACCCAGGAUUGCGCCGGGGUGGCGACCAGUCGGACGGAAUCUUCGAGUCCUGUCUGUCGACAGUUGGUUGUGAAGCUGAACCACAUGGACCAGGAGGACGCGAAGAAGACCAACGUUUGGAGCCACAUCGACGAGGAGGGUUCGCCCUGUCCGGGGAGAAGAACGAAUUCCGUCUACGAGGAGGAACGAGAAGAGGGAGAAAUAUAUGAUGAUGAUGAUGAUGAUGAUGAUGAUGAAGACGACGACGACGACGAUGAUGACGACGACGAUGAUGAUGAUGAUGAAAGAGAAGAAAAAAUAAUAGAGGAGCGCAGAUCGCCCGAGUCGAGCGUGGAUUUCAAGAAGAACCCGAAGAAAUCAUGGCAGAGUGACUCGUGCCUAUCGCCAACCAGAUCAAAGACGUACGAGCCAACAGCGAGUACUUCGAGUCCGCAAUUCCCGGCCAUGAAGACGUGCACGGUGGUGUUGGAGCGAAUCGCUCAAGUGAGACGGCCUCAGCAGCAGGACGACACUGAGCCCAUGAGGGAGAUACUGAGCAAGGAAGAGCUACCGGCGCCAGUGGAGAUGAUAGGUAAGCUCGCGGAGAACGAAGAAGUGGUGCUGGCGAGCUGCUCGCCCUGCGUCGGCGACAACCGGGUGUCGCACGAGCUGGACUCGUCGGAGACCGUGCCGAGUUCGCCGGAGGAGCCGGCGGAAGAGACGUCCGUGGACGUGGCCGAGGGUGUUGACACCGAGACGGAGACGGAGACUGGCUCCGACAGCUCGGAGGUGUCAGCGAUGACUACCAAUAUCCGGCUGCGCGACGUCGACGUGCCGUCCGAUCAGCUGCCCUGCGCUGAAGGAGUGUCGCCGCUCUGCUGCGUGGAGAUGGCGCCGAUCAUGACGCGAUUAGAGGCAGAGCGACCGGAACCCUACACCGAAGAUUCCGCCGAGAGCUUGGCCUUGGCGACCGGUGCCAGGGACGAGGUUCGGUCGGACGGAAGCGAUUCCGGCUUGGGUAGCGAGAUCCCAGGUGACCCUGGACCAGCGCCAGCUCCGGAGAGCGACUCGGAAACGUCGUUUCUCGAUAGGAUACCGGACGACAUUCUUUCCGACAAGGAGAAAGCGGUGAGCCAGCUGGACAGCUUCGUGCCGACGCCGGGAGCGCCGGGAACGCCGCAGCCGUCCCUCACGAGCUUCCGCACGCCGCCCAAGAGCAACCUGAAGCGCAGGCUGACCGACUGCAUGGAGGGCGAGUCGUGCCCGAAGAGGAGCAAUACGGAUGAGCCCGUCAAGAAGAAGCGCAACAUCCAGUUUGACGCGGUCACGGUCUAUUACUUCCCCAGGGCGCAGGGCUUCACGUGCGUUCCGUCUCAGGGCGGCAGCACGCUUGGCAUGAGCGCGACGCACACGCACGCCGAGAGGUUCUCAUUGUCGGAGCACGCCGCCGAGCAGAGGCGGAUUCACCGUGCGCGAUUAGCGCAAUUGCAUACGGAGCGCGCGGCCAACUGCGUAGUUGAGACGGCGUCGAGCUCCGAGGAUCCCAGCGACGACACGGAUGAGGAGCCGAGCGAGAACGAGGAACUCGACCUCGACAGCUACUACUUCUUGCAACCAGUACCCACGUGGCAACGGCGAGCCCUGCUCAGGGCUGCCGGGGUACGCAGAAUAGAUGCCGUGGAGAAGGAUGAGUGCCGGGACAUCAGGACCAGCAGGGAGCACUGCGGAUGCGGCUGUAAAGGGUACUGCGAUCCUGAGAGUUGCCCUUGCAGCAGGGCCAACGUCAAGUGCCAGGUGGACCGAAUCGGUUUCCCUUGCGGCUGCACUCGAGACGGCUGCGCCAACAGUUCCGGCAGGAUCGAGUUCAACCCGGUGCGGGUGCGUACCCACUUCAUCCACACACUCAUGCGACUCGAGUUGGAGAAGAAGCAGCGCGAAGAGGAAGGCGGCGAGCACGAGAUAGCGGACAAUCAACAAGGAAACGGCAGGAGUGGCGGUCCAUUACGGGACAUCAAUUUAGGUUCCGUGAUGGAAACCACUGGCAGCGACGCGUGCGUCUCAGGUGGACCCGGCGGUGGUGCAAACGGCACUGGCUUCACCACUUUGCACUACGAGAACCACGAGGGCGCCGGAGUGGUGAGUGCCGGCUGCCAGCCGGAAGUGCCCGGCACGCGGGAGGACAGUCUGGAUUUGUACGCCAUCAGGGACGACUGUUAUCCCAGCGAGGACGCGGUGGACGGCAGUCAGUCGGCGCAGCGAAAGCUGCACCCUGAGUUCAGUCAAGCCUUCCAAAGUUUCUCGAGCCAAAGCGCCGGAGGUAGCGGCGCCGGUGGCGGAGGAGGCGGUGGAGGAAGCGGAGGAGGUGGUGGCGGUGGCGGAGGCGGCGGCAUGAGCUUCCAGCAGUCGUCGUAUCAGGACUACCAGUCGUACGCGAAUGUACCGUCCACGUCGCGGGUGCAAUUUCAGCCGCAGUUUCAAUCGAUGCCAACGAGCCCGAGCUUCUCACACUAUGGGCCCUACAGUGCCCAAGAUGGCGGCGCGCUUCAGACCGGCUGCCAGGUACAUCCGAGCCAGCAGCACUCGUCCUACGAGACGGCGUUCGCGCAGGACGAGAACACGGGCUCGCAGUACACGAAUCUUAACUCGGUGCAGCCGAUGAACGCGGUGGUGCAGCAGAUGGGAAAGCUGGAGCCCUUCUCGGAACUCUUGGCCGGCAGGUACUCGUACUAUGGAGAGAUGGAACCGCAACAGCACGGUACUUAUCACGCUGGCGCCAACAAGGUCGAGAUUGAGGCCGGCCAUCAGGCCAUAGCGAGCGAGCAGCAGUCGGAGAGCACCGAGGACUGCGAUGAGAACUUCGGCGAGAUCAUCAAGAAGUCCAUGGUGGAGACUGUGUCCGCCUAGGUCCGUCGGAAGUCACCCGACGCCGGUGCGCAGGGUGCGUCAGGGUGAAUGCGCGUUCGUUCGCCACUCGGAAGUGCGACUACUUCGAGAAGGUUAAAGAAUCCCACGCGGUUACUCGGCUCACUACGACCCCUGUAACUCGGUGAAUCAGCCUGAUGAGGGUUUACGGCGUUUGUCGGGCUAAGUCUGCUUGAAGCUUCUCUGUUGAGACUGUCCACGCAUGACAGAGUCCAUGGUAUAUAGGAUGCUCGGUUAUACCUUGCUGGAGAACGCGCCCAUGGUUACGGUUCACUCUCGCGCGAUCGGUGAACACCCUUUGAGAGGGAGGGUACGGUCUCCUGGGGGAGAACCAUCAGGCUGGCGAGGAUCUCGUGGGGAGAAGUCGUUAGGGAAUUUUACGACUAUGACGUGUGCGUCCGCCCGGGAUGGAGGAGACUCGUCGUCGCGUCGUCGUCAACGUCGCGCUCGACGUGUGAAGUGGAGAGCUCCAGAUCGUCCAUCUGGAGGAAGCUCCGCCGCUUUCAUCGCGAGCGAGAAGUGACCGGUGCUCGUUGUAGGUCUUCGAACUAUGCGUCGCGCAAAUAAUAUUGUUCAUACAGGGUGUCUAUACUUGGUAAAGAAGACCCUCUUCGAGAGCGCUCUCUCGUUAGCGGUAACGAAAGUUGGGAGAGGGAGGGGGGAUUCGAAUCCGGGUCAGGUGAGGUCGAGGCGACCCAGCCGGCACCAGGUGACGACGGCGACGUGUUCGAGCGAGACGACCGAGACCUUGGAACGAGAGAGACUUCUGGCUGCUGAAGCGGUCACUCUCUCUCCGUGCCACGGUCUCCGUCGGGAAUCUAUGAGAGCGAUCUGUGAGCAAUAGAGCAGGAGGCAAAAGAGAUUCAACGAGGUUGUGACCAAGAAACAACAUGGGAUCAGCUUAGAUUGCAAUUUAUAAUAUCUAACUUUAAUACCUUUAAGCGCAUAGGAGAGGAAGCGUGUGCAUACGCGACCAGAGGCGGGUCGCGGUGUCUUUCUAAGCGAGCCUCAAACUCAGUUUGGGGAUCGCACGUUCGGUGAUAGAGUAUCGAUCGAUCUAAGGCGAAUCCUGCUCGCUCUGAUUCGAGAGAGAGCCGCUCUUCACUCUGGAAUGUUCACCGAGAUGGGAGACGGUCGUUUAUAUUGUAUUCGUUGGACGCGUGCGUAUCGAGUACACUCCGAAAUUUGCAUUAUUUAUUGUACAUGUAUAUACACACACAUACAUAUGUACAUAUACAUGCGCAUAUAUUUUUUUAUUAGGCGAAAGAUUGAAGCGAAAUCUAUAUCUGCAAGGAGACUCGUUUGAUAUUUUCUACGGAAAUCGAUUGAGUGAAUUUUCUACUUUAGACGCCCGGAGCUGUUGCUAUCUCGAUUUCACGUUCGAAUUUUUCAAGGGGGUAAUUGCAGCGCGUCGGGUGCUCGCGAAGGGUGGAAUCUCCCGACAAGUCACGUUCCAGAACGAAGAUCCGAGAUCUCUCGAACAUCCAAGAGCCGCCGGAAAAUCGCGCUCUGAGAAACGUGAGGCGAGAAACGAGAAGCGGCGGCUUCUCGCCGCUCGAAGGAGGCAGAAGUAAAAGGGGGGUAGAAAACAAAAGAAGAAGGAAAAGAAACACGGUAAGAUGCGAGGAGAAGAAUGGGUACACAUGACACAUUCGUAGACGAACGUGAAACGUGAACACGAUUGUGAUACUUGUGCUUACGAGAAACAAAAAAGAAAAAAAGAGGAAGAAGGUGCAGUUCGACAGGUUCGUAGGUUAAGGGACAAAUUAUGGGACUUUUUUACGCCAGUCAGUAUAGGAACUGCGAAUGGUGUUUUGUCGCACAAUGCUCGACGGCGAGGCGCGAAUUUCGAUUUUCUUCCCGCGGGGAACUUCACACGCGAAUUCAUUGCGCGGCAAAAUUACAGAACGACAGAGAGAAAGAGAGAGAGAGAGAGAGAGAGAGAGAGAAAGAGAUAAAGAGUUUUGAACGUGUCGAGCGCCGGAGAAGUAUUAAUUUUGUACCGAUUUCUCUUUCUUUGCGAACAAUACCUUGCGAUCUAUCACUUAUACCUGCGAAAAAAUUGAUGUACAUUUAUACGACUGUAGUUUUAAAUUUGUAUAAACAACGUACGCGUACGUUUCGCGUAUGUUGCGAAAAUCAUUCGCAAAGAGGCAGCGUGUUAUUUUACAUGUCGCCAACGUGUUUAAAUCACGUUUUCACAAAGUGGCGAUUGUGUCCUUGUGUAAAUGGGCGCCCGACGCGUUCGACAGUUUCGAACUUCAAAUUAUUAAAAGCGUAUUUGUAACUGAUAUUAACGGUGCCUAUACGGAAAUAUAGACGAUUUUAAUUGCGCGCGAAUUCCUUUCUCCGCGGAGGAGAGACGCAUUUUAAUCGAGGGAGGAAGUACUGAGAAGCGUACGCGAAAUAUUCGGCCAACCAUCGAAGCGAACUCGACGAAGAGGACGAGCAAACUGAAGAAGAAGAAGAAGAAGGAGAGAGGAAAAGGGAAAUUCGCGCUGAAGACGACGAGAGCUCGGCUUGCCGCGAAGAGACGAAGAGGUUUCAAGGAAAAACAAGGGAAGCUCGCGAAGGGCACAACCACACCACCACUACCACGCCGACUACCUUUUGCACGCCCAUCCUCAACCAAACAACCAACCAACCAAGCAACCAACCAACCAACCAACCAACCAACCAACCAACCAACCAACCAACCAAUCAAUCAAUCACCCCCGUAGAGACAUUCAAGAGAACGGACCUCUCUUUAGCAUCCCGGGACGUUGAUCGCUGUGUCCGCAAUUAAUUGAAGUAAUAUACAUAAGAAAACGUAAACGAUAACGACGAUAGUAUUAAAUUUAUAUACACACGUAAAAAAAACACGCGCGUAUAUCUCCUCCACACAUACACACACACACGUAUACAAACAUCCCCUACAUACACUCGCAUAAAACACAACAUGCAUACAUGGUAACACACGCACACGUGCAGACUCGAGAAGCCGGACGUGUCAACUCCCGCGAGGCACCCUUCUUCUACCUUUCUUUUCUUUUCGGAUUUUCUUCUCACUCCUUAAUCGCGCUUUCGUACCUCACUGUGUUCAUCGUCGAUGAUCGGUGCCUAAUAAGACAAGCAUAAAAAAGGGAAAACUGAGCUGCUUGAUGAGAGAAAGAGAGAUAAGAGUGAGAGGCGGAGAAAGAGAGAUUAGAAGAGAGUGAAACAGGGCGAGAAGUCCGAAGGGCGCUUCGGAGAACGCGCGGAGGCGCGUCCGAUGCGAGGGAUGUGACACGUCCGCGCGCUCGCGCGCGCGGCAUAAAAGAAUAAACAUAUAAAUUACACACGUAUGUAAGUAACUUUUAGAGUAUUUGAGUAAAAAAGAGGCAUACACAUAGA